ACGUCACACCGGUCAGGAACUAUAACCAAGAUGGCUUCCCCAAGCCAGAACUGUCACAGAAAGGCAAACAGAAUCAAGCUAGCAAAACUAUAAGAAAACAUUAUGAAUACACCAGAAAGGUGGUCAACCGCCUCUUCUGAUAGUGAUCUUUCCUCGAUAUUUUUUACAGGUGAUAUACGACAUCGAGGACUUAGCGCGAAGGAUCUGCAAGAACUUCUUCUAAAACAGCUAGCGUAUCUAUCGGGAGGAGUUGAUCGCCGAGGAGGCCGAAUUAUAACCUUUCCCUCGCACUCAUUUGGGUUAGACAUUCUAGACGAAGAACAUAUCGCAAAAGUUCUGUGGUAUCUAGCUAAUAUCCCAAGUCAACAUGAAUGCAGUCUUGGGUUCACCAUUGUCCUUGACAUGCGAGGAUGUACUUGGUCAGCAGCCAAGCCAGUGCUAAGAUCACUACAGGAGUCAUUUCCUUGCAAGAUUCAUGCAGUACACAUUGUAAAGCCCGAAGGCUUCUGGGAGAGACACAAGACUACUUUUAAGACUUCUAAAUUGAAUUUUGAGACUAAUCUAUUGUCCAUUGAUGGCCUCUCCAARUUCAUUGAUSCAAGCCAAUUAACAGAUAAUUUGGGUGGCUCUCUCAGCUAUGACCAUUCCUCCUGGCUCAAUAUGCGUUUGGUAUUGGAAAAGUUCCUUUUUGAGGCCACGGCACUGCUUUCAAAGCUUGAAGAAAUCCAAGAUGGCCUUGCAAAAGAGGAAUUUUCAGACACAAUAGAUGGUUUAAAGGAUCAAGUCAAACAAAAUCACCAUCUUAAGAAAUGGAUAGUAAAAGCACCAGUSGAAGUGCUGCAAGAGGAGGGUGACAGAAUUCUGAAAAGUGUAAAAAAUCCCACCAAUGGACAUCUUGUUGAGGGAUUUACUAAUGAUGACUAUCAAAAAGCAGAACAACAAGUCAAAGAGUUGAUYGAAGGAUUGAUUUUUAAAAGGCAGAAGUUAAGGGAAUUAUGGAAUAUGAGAAAGCAUAAACUAGACCAGUGUCUACAAUAUCGAGUGUUUCAACAAGAUGCACACAAGAUGUUAAAUUGGAUCAAGGAAAACCGUCAGGAGUUUCUAUUGAAUUACACAGAAAUUGGCCAAGAUAGUGUCACUGCUGAGGAGCUUGAGGAGGAACACAGGAAUUUUGAAAGUAGCUGUAUGAAUGUUUAUGGUAAUAUUCAUCGAGUGCUGGAGAUAGCAGAUAAGCUAAGUGAGGUCGGUCAUUAUGAAGCGGAUCGAAUCGAAGUUUUAGCAGCAUCGGUGGAUUCUGAGUGGAAGUCUUUUGACAUGGAUGUGAAUCAGAGGAGCUCGUUGYUGUCAUGUUCAGUUGCUUACCAUCAUCACAGCGAGGAGUUCCUUCGAAAUGUUAAAAUAUGGAAAAGUUAUUUAGAAAACCCAAAGCUUGGUCACGACAAGAAUGUAAAUAAAGUGGAGCAAACUUUAGAAGAACUUGAUAAAAUGCGACAAGACAUCGAAGAUAGCUUUCAUACGGUCAGCAUGGACAGUAAAGCACUGUUAGGAGAACUUCAAAAACCUACAAUGGCUUAUGACGAUCAAUUUCUAAAAUCUCCUGAAUACUCAGAGGCAUCUUCUCAUGUUAUGGAUAUUUAUUUAGAAGUUCACGAACAUCAUCGACAAUUAGGAAUUUUAUGGGAAAAACAAAGAACUCGUGUACGGGAUCAUUUACAUUUGUGUAUGUUUGACCAGGACAGCAGUCAGGUAAUACGAUGGAUUGAAGAACAUGGUGAAACGUUCUUGAAGAAGCACACUGGUGUAGGAAAGUCCUUAGUGAAAGCAGAAGCUUUGUUAAGAAGACAUGAAGAAUUUGAGAACAUUGCACAGAACACGUACACAAAUGCAGCCAAGCUUCUUGAAGCAGCAAGACAAUUAGCACAAUCCGGGGAAUGCAACCCUGAUGAAAUUCAAAAACGUGUGGAUUACUUUGAAAAAAGGGUCCAAGAGUUCAUUGCGCGUGUCAAUCGGAGGAAAGGACUGYUAAAAUUGGCUGUCAACUUUUAUUCUCGCACUCAAAAGCUAACCGAGCUUGUAGAACAACUAAAAUCGCAACUGGAACUUGAAGAAGUUUCCGAUAACCCUGAUAAUAUAGCAACUGUUCUAACAAACCUUAAGCAUCAAGGAGAAGCAACGUUAGAUUCGAUUCAUACAGCUAUCGAUGAGGGAGAAACAAUCGUCGAGGAACUAAAACUUGCUAGCUCUGAUGGGGUCGAUUCAAGCUCACUCCAUCAUGUCGAAAAAGUCAUCAAAGAAUUGGAUCGUGUCCGUCGCGCUAUUGAACACUCGUGGUCACGGAGAAGACAUCAGUUAGAAUUAUGGCUGCAACUCCGAGAAUUCGAGCGAGCAGCUAAGCAGCUUAAAGAUCGCCUGGAGUCAUGUGAAGGAUUACUUGAUAAAAAUCUUGUCGCGAAYGACCUUCCUCGCGCUAAACAAGCCCUAGCACACCAUGAAGACAGUGUAAAGGACAUUGAACAUGCGGCACUGACGACGUUUUGUCGAGGCGAAGAACUUAUUGAUUAUUUAAAACAAUCUGAAAUCGAGUUAAGGGUUCGGGAUCCCUUAUCUGGUGAUAAUAUAGACGCUCAAACCCAUGUGUAUAAUUUAUUGGAAGUAUUACAUAGAAAGAGAAGAGACCUUCGGGACUCGGCAGAAGAAAGAAAAAUCAAAUUGGAGCAAAAUUUAUUAUUAAGACAGUUGGAAAGCGAUGCUAAACAGGUGAUUGGUUGGGUACGCAAUGGAGAAGCCAUGUUGUAUGCAUCUACAGACCUGGGAAGCUCACUAGUUGAGGUGGAAGCUUUGCUUCGUGAACAUGAAGAAUUUCAAAGGGCGAUUGAGAAAACCUGUCAGAGUGCUAACGAGGUUCGCCAACGAGCAGAUAAACUAAUCAAGGAUGGUCAUUACGAUCCAGAGGCCAUCUGGAAUUGCGCCGAGCUGAUGACAAGGAGAUGGCAGCAGUUGAUGGAGAGAGCAGAAACCAGGAAGGCUACCAUUACAUCAUCUUUCAAUUUCUUCACUGCUGCCGAACAGGUUGGUACUUUGAUGGAAAGACUUCAACGUGAAUAYAAACUAGAAGAAGGCGAUCCAUGCAGCAAGUUAAUCGAAACAGAAACCAUCAAACGUUUAGAAGCCAUGAAAAUCAUCAUUCAAACCUACGAUGAAGAUCGGGAAUCUAUUGUCCAUGGGUUUGGCGAAGUGAAGUACACUGCGGAUACUUAUAUCAAUAGAGUUACUCCAUCUAACGUACAGGGCGGUCUUGUGGAUAGCUGCUUGGAUAGGGUUGAGAAUCAAGUUAAAGACGUGAUGGAUAAUCUCAAACUGCAAGAACAACUCGUCAUGGAGCAGUGGGGAGUUCGUAAAACAAUGGCUGAACAUUGUGUACAAUACUUAGAACUAGAGCAAAGUGCUAACGAGGCACUUGAAUGGAUUCACGAAAAUGGCGAGUUUUACUUGUCUUCGCAUACCACAGAAGGUGAUAGCGAAGCUGAGACUCGUCGACUCCUUAAAGAACAUCACGAGUUCAAGGAAGCUGCAGAGGUACAAAAGUUGGAGAUUCGUGAAAAAGUGCGCCAAAUGCUGCAGCAGGCUGAGUGCCUGGUUACCAAAACCUGUUUCCAUGGCGAUGGUAUCAGACAGUGGGCAACCGCUGUAGAAAAGCGAUAUAAAGACUUUUCAAGUCGUAUGAACAAAUACCGUGUAAGACUGGAGACUAAGCUUGGUUACCCAACUAUAGACCAAGAUGAUGACAAUGAAUGGCCGAGUUUACAAUCGUUACAAACACAACCUCACGAACAACAAGCGUUUGCMCUCAGGGAGACGUCCAAGGAUAGUGGAAUYCAUGAAAUGACAGAGGAGAAACGUCGAUCAGCCAAGAGAAAAGAAUUUAUAAUGAAUGAAUUAUUGCAGACAGAGAGAACUUACGUUGCAGAUCUAAAAUGCGUGAUAGAUAACUAUCUAAGUGCGAUGAAAAAUAAUCCCGAUGUACCGGGUGGACUCCUUGGCAAAGAUCAUGUCAUAUUUGGUAACAUAAAGGACAUUUAUCAAUUCCACAAUGACACAUUUCUACAAGAAAUGGAGAAAUACGAGACUCAUCCUGAGGAUGUUGGUGAAGCAUUCAUUGAAUGGGGGGAUACUUUUGUAACAAUGUACGUAGCCUACUGUAAAAACAAACCAUUUUCUAACUCACUUCUUAUUGAACAUGGCGGCAACUUUUUCUCGGAUUUACAAGCUUCAUACGGUCAUGGGUUAUCAAUAUCAGCAUAUCUUAUUAAACCAGUCCAACGGAUUACAAAAUAUCAGCUGCUACUAAAGGACCUAAUGACAUGUUGCGAUGUAUCGGAGACAAGUUUACAGUCUGGUUUGGACGUUAUGUUGAGUGUGCCAAGACGAGCGAAYGAUGCUAUGUACGUUAAUAUGCUUCAUGGAAUCGAUGAAAAUUUGGACAACUUUGGCAGGAUAAUUCUACAGGAUGCAUUCUUAGUGUUUGACCCAAAGCUUUUACGGCGGAAAGGCAAAGAUCGCCACAUGUUUCUGUUCGAACAAGCUUUAAUCUUUAGCAAAGAAACCAAGGAUAAUGAAGGCAAAGUGAAAUAUCUCUACAAGUACAAAUUAAAAACGGCUGAGUUGGGAAUUACUGAGCACAUCGCUGAAGACCCUUGUAAGUUUGCAGUAUGGACAGGGAAGCCUCCUCAGUCUGAGGAUAAACGAAUUAUCAAGGCUGGUAACAUCGAGGUAAAACAACUAUGGGUGAAAGAACUACGAGAACUAAUUCAACAAUUCCAGUUUGGAAUACUCAAGGAAAGAAGUAAUUCUAUGAUGAGUUCUACAAGUUCAGUUGGAUCCAUGAACAGCUCGUCUAUGUCAACAUCAGGAAAAACCAGGGAAGAGAAAGCCGCUGACCGGGAAAGCGGAGUCAUUGAAGAUGAUAACAUCUCAGGAGAGUAUGACAUUCCAGAAGGAGGAAAGGUAUUGGACUAUGCUCAGAACGACGUGUGGUUAGUCACUGAGAACUACAAAGCAUGCAAUGACGAAGAGAUCUCGCUCAAGAAAGGACAGCACGUAGAGGUACUCGUUAAAACGCACGGUAGCUCAAGAUGGCGAGUUCGAGUUGUCAACAACGAUGGAACCGUCCCUGCAGAAGGCUGGGUACCGUUCACUGCAAUCCGUAAAACCGACGACAGAGACAACAGAAAGAAACGCAACUCAGACAUCUCGCAUUCCAGUAGUGAAGAUUCCGUAUCGUUGUCAUCAUCAGAAAGUCCCACUGCAUCAUGGUACUCAGGAGCUCCACCUCAGUCUGCCAAUGGUGGUUCACCUCCCGUKAGACGACGCUCAAAACCAUCGACACAGUUCGGCUCACUUCGCAUGAGAUCGUGGAGUAGGAACUCGAUGAAGAAGAUGAUCAACAAACCAGGCCAACCACCGUCACCAGGACCAAAUCCAGCAAGAUCCAAGAAGAUAUCUGGUGGAGGAUCAAAAAAACUACAGCAGAUGCUUGGAGCAAGCGAGAGUGACAUCGAUUUGCUACUCCGUCCUGCCGAAAUCGUCCAUACAGCGGCUUCUCAAAGAAGUAUACCAGAAGAGUGCUCAGAGGAUCUUAACGAACAAGAACCAGGUGAUACUACCCAAGAGGUUGGUGAAAUUAAAAUCUUUCCUAUAAGCGACGAUGAAGACSAUGAUGACCUAGACGAUGAACCCUUCCAUGGCGAACGCGGACAAGGAGAAGGACAAGAAGACAAAGAAUCGUGUGAAGACGAAGAUAACGAACAGGAUACUGAUACUCUUGGGAAAAAGAAGGAAGAUCCUGAAGCUAUUGCCUUAAAAAAGAGAACAUUUGUUCUAAAAGAACUAAUUCAAACAGAGCAAGAUUACGUGGUUAGCUUGGGCGAAGCUGUCGAUGGCUAUCUGACUGCAUUCAGCAAACCAGAACUCCCAGAUGAAUUGAAGGGCAAAGAAAGAACAGUGUUUGGUAACAUCAAACAGAUUUACGAAUGGCAUAAAACGGUGUUUUGUAAGGAACUAGAAAAAUGUGAAGAUGCCCCAGAAAAAGUAGCGUCCGUGUUCUUGAAAGCCGAGCGACGCCUACAGAUGUACGUCAUCUAUUGCCAAAACAAACCCAAGUCCACCGCCCUUGUUCAUGAAUUCAAGGACACUCAUUUCCUUGAUAUGAAGGAACAACUGGGUUAUCGGUUCGCUAUCGAGGACUAUUUGAUCAAACCUGUACAACGAAUCAUGAAAUACCAACUACUGCUCAAGGACUUUGUCAAAUAUACUGAGAAAGCAGGACUGGAUAUCGGGGAACUAAAGAAAGCGUUACAGUUAAUGUACGUAGUUCCCAAGAAAGCUAAUGACAUGAUGAACGUCGGUAUGCUGGAGGGAUAUACAGGGAAGAUUACAGCUCAAGGCAAUCUCAUAAUGCAGGACACCGUUUUUGUAGCAGACGUCAARUGCAAGACGAAACUCGUUAAACGAAGAGUAUUCUUGUUUGAACAACUCGUAAUCUUUAGUGAACCAUUUGAAAGGAAGAAGGACUGGACAGUUUACAUCUAUAGACAUAGUAUUAAGACGAACCAUAUGGGCCACACUGAUGGCGUUGACGAUGACCCUACCAAGUUUGCUAUUUGGACAAGCGAGGGCAAUGAGUCCGAGAUCUUUCUAAUCAGCGCCAGCUCUGAGGAGGCUAAGAACGAAUGGGUCAACGCAUUGAAGACCGUCCUAGCAUCCCAGAAUGCUUUUGCAAUGGCACCUUCGGAAGAAAUUGACCAGGCAAUAAUGGAAUGCAAUCAAGGUUUGAACUUAAAAUGUAAACACGUUAUAAACAUUGAAACUAAACAUUAAGCRCUGUGAAAUAUAAUUUAAUUUUGCAGCGUGAUAACGACUCGUUUAAAACUUUAUUAAUUUAACAAUUUGAGUUCACGAGCUAAUAUUA